UAGUUUUUAGUCCUUCCUCUGUCCUCUUUCCACAUACUGUCUACCUGGCAGAGAUGUCCAAGUCGACAGCCAGUUCGGGACCUGGCAAGAAAAACCGUAGGAAGCGCACGUCCAUCACAGGUGAACUGUUGGAAUGUCUGGAGAUGUUUUAUCGCAAAAACUCACGGCCCGAUCGUUGCGAGAGACGUCAGUUGGCUGUAGAAAUUGGCAAACCAGAGAACUUGGUUCGAAUUUGGUUCCAAAACCGUCGAGCUAAGCAACGUAGGGAAAGUCAGCUGCUCUUAAAGCAAAUGGUUCCGACCAUUAUUGUUGAACCUCAUCAACAUAACGGUAAAGCUAACUCUGGUGGAAGUAAGACGUUACAGACAGUCCUGACUAAUAGCAACAAUAACAGUAGCAUCGAUAAUAAAUUGGUCGAUAGCAAUGAUUCCAUCACGGUCGGUGGCACCACGACGAAGAAUACGGUUGAUAACCAUCAAGUGAAAACCUUGGAGUGUUCUAAAUGUACAGAAGAGAAUAGCUGCACUGAACAUCACCAAUCUCCGUCGUCUUCUUCGUUGCAAUCUCUUCGUCUAGCUUCACAGGAUGAAGGUUCCUCACAGGAAUUUACGACAGACAAUUACAACAUCAACAGCCAAGCUAGUGAUGUGGUACCUUUCAUACUCGACAGUAAAUUGUACUCCCAUGUGUUAAAGAGGAUUGUUGGAAUGGUAGCUGCCGCAGAAUCCGUUCUCGAUGAAACUGAUCCCGAUUUUGCCGAAGCUAUUCUAGAUGCAACUUAUGGAAUUCUCUUAAAAGGCCAGAAAAAGCUACUAUAUGACGAAGUGUUUGGGUUACACGUUGUGGACUCUCCCUGAGUCGAUUCGUCGCCUAUAAAACACGAGGACUCGCCAUUUCCUGUCCAGUUAGCAAGCCUGGAUACAGUUUAUGCCAUGUCCGUAAUCCCCAUCUGUAAUUAACAUGUUAAUUACCACUAAUUAUGUGUACAUUCAGUGAGUUUUCUUUUUUCCACAACUCAUCUAUUACACAUUUGCCUAAAUUCUACAGAUUUAGCAUAAUGUUCUAAAUACUGUAGCACCAUGAUUUUACUGGUGAUAUAUAAUGGUUGAGUUUUUUUUUUUUUUCUUUCAAGAAUUUAGAGAAAUUCCUUGGUGUUCCUAGCAAUACUAAUAAAAGAAUUGUAACUACAGUAAAGUAUUUUUCUUCUGACCGCAAACCUCACACUUGCUGUGCACAAGUACGGCCAGAACAGUAAUAUUUCAGAAUUCCUCUUAGAUUAUUCUAUGUUUAAAACUAUGUAAUUCCCUUCAAUAUGCUACUGUAAUAUAUCACGUUUAUGGAAUACAUAUAUACAUACAUACAUCACACACAUAUACGUGUGUGUGUGUGUGUGUAUAUAUAUAAUACAUACAUACAUCUAUGUAUGUAUGUAAGGUACGUGAGGAAGUACAUUGUGACCAGCGUUGUAUAACAACAUCCUAUAGUCUGGCCGAUACAGUUAUACAGUGAUAUAUUUAUAUGUGUGUGUGUAUGUGUAUUUGCUAUAUCAUAAAUGACCAGAGUAAUAUGGCACAGGUGAAUAAAUAUGAGUGACAUAGUACCUGUGAAUACCCACAGUAUCACUUAGACCACUUGUGACUUGGUCUACCUUGUCCCAAUACCAGUGGCCAACCUUCAGUGUCACACUACUAGCAACCAUCUGCAGCAUGUGACAAUACUAGUGGCUUGCUCACAUUGUCACACCACCAUUCAAUAGACAGAUGAGUGACUAGAUCUAGACAGCCAUAGCACUAGUGACUGAAGCUAACAAUGUAACAGCACCCGUAACUUGAUCUACAUGUCACAAUGAAUCAGUGACAGUAAAGUACUAUUUUCUAAACAGUUGUGACAUUGAGAAGAUGUUGUUACCAAAAUUCUUAUGUUCUUCAACUAAUUUCAGCUAUUAUUUUACCCAUUAGUUCAAAGGAAUUUUAAAUGGAUUAGAUACAGCAAUAAAAUGAAAUACAAAUUAAAAUAACAGUGAUUUAAUUCAUAUGAAGCCAGAUUUAUUCAAAUUCAUAGUUUUGUG